AUGAUUUUUUUGAUUACAGAGAUAUAUUAGAAGAUUAAUUUGAAUAGUUUAAUUAAUUUAUGUGUAGAUUUAAUCAAGGUUUAAUGUUAUGAAAAGAAACUAAAUCUCAACAUAGAAUUGCCAUCUGAAACUAUAAUAGUUAUAGGAGAUAAGAUUAGAUUCUAUAAUAGAUAUUAAUAUGCCUUAUUAUGA